CCUCAUUCUGCUUCAGUAUUAACGGGCUGGAUUUUGCCUGAAUACCGAAGACAUGCGCGCUGAACAGGGGGAGGAGGUGUAACACAGACUGUCCGCCUCUGAUGUUUUCUGUUGACUCCAUGAUCACUCAAUUAUGGUGCGGAACUCUCGUUUUCCAAUCGUCUGUUCUUGUGGAAAAGGAGAAAAGUGAGGAGGGAUAUUUCUCCAUUUAUAUGCAGGGAGAUAAUUUGAUACUUUCUCGCUGUUUUGGAGCUUUUAGUUUCUUAUAGAUCAGUCGUGUUUGCUUAUUAUUAGAUUUUUCUAAUAAUCGAUCGCCCCCGCCGCCACCCUGAAGUUCAUUGUUAUUAUCUUGGCCGCCGGGAUGGUGGCCUUCAUCGGAGCGGUUAUCUGCAUCAUCGCGGCCGUCCACACCGGAUCCUCCAGGACUGCCGCGGCGCAACAGCAGCCAGCAACCGACAACCACUCGCUGUAUCCGGACGCGGCGGCGCAGACCCCCGCCGCAGGGGGCUCCGCGGCCAGGGCCGGAUCUUUGGGCGCUCUCCAUGGUUCUGAAACACCCGAUUCAGAGGCGCCUACUUUCAACAUCGGGCUCAGCGGGCUGGAUGGAGUCACAGGACUCACCGGACACGACCCGACGGUCAGCCGGCUCAUCUGCACGCCGAUACCCGCCGGGGAGUGCAACCCGAAAAACUUUCAGCAACAAGCGGAUGACCCGUCGCUGUACGCAGGAGAAGACUGGGGGUACCUCCGCACCACCGCGGAAGAGCUCCGGCAGACCGUCCUGCAGCAAAAAGACCAGAUAUUAACAGACCAACGGACCAUCAGGGAGCUGACGGGGAAACUGUCCGAGUGCGAGAAGGGGCUGGACGGCAGAAGCAGCGGCGCGGACAGGCGAGGGAGCGCCGCGGGGCUGUGGGGCGGCAAAGGCGCGGCGGAGGAGACGCACGUGGAGCGGAUCAUGGUGCGGGACAGCCCGGCGUCCGCAACGGACAGUGCCCACUUGCUCACCGUGAGGGCUGUGGAUGAACUGGAGCAGGCUAUCACUCAGCUCAAAGACCGCAUAGAGAAACUGGAGUCAGACAUUGGCCCAUUUCCUCACAACCAGACGGACAGUAGCACCUCAGGAGUGCCAGAGGAAGGCGGGAUGUCUAGCGGCCCAGAAAGGUUGGCUGAUCACGGGCACAAAGCUGGUGCUGACAGACCCUGGAGGAUGGAAGAUUUGGAGGGGGAGCUGGAGAAGAAGGUGGAGCUACUGGAGAAGGAGAGAAAAGCCCUGAGGCUGGAAACUGAGAAACACAGACAGGAAAUCGACCGGGGCAUUAAUAAACUACACCACCGAAUCUCAGGACUGGAGGAAGGUGUCUCCAGGCAUUCUUUCCCAGAGGGCUACAGACUAUCUUUCCCUACACGGACAAACUACAUGUAUGCUGUUGUGAAACACUCUGUCCCAAAGCUGCGGGCCUUCACCCUCUGCCUGUGGCUGCGGCCCGCAGAGGGAGGCAUCGGGACGCCUCUGUCUUAUGCUGUUCCCGAGCAGCCGAACGAACUGGUGCUGCUGCAAGGCCUGCACACCCCGACUGAGCUGCUCAUCAAUGACAAGGUGGCGCAGUUGCCCCUGAACCUCUCCAGAGGCAGCUGGCAGCACGUCUGUGUGAGCUGGAGCCAGAAGGGGGGAACCUGGCAGGCCUACCAGGGGGGAAAGCUGAGGGGCGAGGGCCACGCACUGGCAGCCGGUCAUCACAUCAGACCCGGGGGAGUCCUCAUACUGGGGCAGGAGCAGGAUUCCCUAGGUGGGGGGUUUGAUUCAUCCCAGGCUUUGGUUGGAGAAUUGUCCCAGGUGGGUCUUUGGGAUCGGGUCCUGUCCUCCAGCCAGGUGGCCAGCUUGGCUCGCUGCAGCAGAGUGACCCAGGGCGCUGUGGCCCCCUGGACUGAGGACGGUGUUGAGGUUUAUGGUGGAGCCACCAAGGACCCAGGGGAACCAUGUAGUAAACACAGCAGGAGCUCUCAGUGACUGACAAUGGUGAAUGGCUUUGAGGAAAGGGGAAUGGAAAGAAAGGCGGGGAUGAGGGGUAAAGUUGUAGCCAUUUCAAGGUAGGAUUCCAUCUGCGCGAUAUUAGCAUGGUAACAGGUUGUUCUAAUCAUCUCUGUGUGGCAUGGACUGACAUGUAUGUAAAAAAUGGAAAAUUAAUGGCAUAUAUUUAUAUGACACAGUAGAGGCUUGGUAGUUACUUCACGAAACUUUCUAGCAACUACAGCCAAUACCAUCAUGGAGUCAAUGGAGAAUUGUGCAAUACAACAAAAUGGCGUUCCUCAUAUAGCAGUUGUAUAGGUAUAAUGUUACAUUUUGAGCUCCAUGUACUUGUUAAGUUAGAGGACAUUCUGGUAAAAUAGAAAUGUCUUCAGAUUUAGGCUAACCCUUAAUUAUGUUGUCAAAUUAUAUUAUACGCUUUGUUAGUAAACCAGCUAGCAGUUUAUUUGCCAAAAGUAUCUAAUGUUAGCAACUGAACCCUCUGUUAGCUAAACCAAUGAGCUAUUAUGUUGGCAGUGAGGAUUAACUGAUUAGCUAGCUAAGAAGCUGCCAUUAUCUAACCUUUAAAGGAAUAAUUCAACAUGUUGGAAAAUAUGCUAAUUGCCUUUCUUGCAGAGUUAAAUGAGAAGAGGAACAUCACUCUCAUGUCUGUGCAGUAAAUACAAAGCGACCGUCAGCCUAACGUAGCCUAAUGUAAAGACUGAUAACAGACGGAAACAGCUACCUUGUUUCUAUUUCACAGGUAACAAAGUCCACUUAUCAGAACCUCUAAAGCUCACUAGUUCAUCUCUUAUAUCUCGUUUGUCGAAUCACUACAAAAACCAAGGAGUGAAAAUGACAAUUGGCAAUUCAUUCAAUUGCGAUUUGUGCCAAACUAUUUUGUCACCAGGACAAGUGGCUAGACAACCAGCAGAGACUCCAGAAAGUAUCUGGUCCCAGGCCAAGAUAUACCCUGAUACAUAACCCCUCGUAAAGCAGAGAAGUGCUAUUUUACACUUCAGUUCUUGUACAGAUUAAACAAACAAGAUACAGCAUGUAAAUUUGUGAGCUUUAGAAGUGCUGAUAGGCAGAUUUUGUUGUUGGACAGAGCCAGGCUAGCCUUUUACCUGUUUUUCCAGUCUUUAUGCUAUGUUAAGUUACCUGACUUCUGGUGUUAGUAUCAUACAUAGUGAAGCUGCCAUUUAACAGUUAAACCUGUGCAGAAAUUAACUCUAUUUAUUUUCUUGAGGUAGCCAAAUUGUAAUGAGCCGUCUCCAGCUGUUGUUGCCUGAAAGCUGCUGGCCUCCUGUGCAGCUACAAGAAGUUAUGUUAAGCCAGUUGAAAUCCCUCCAUGAGUGCAAUAGGGUCAGACAGGAGUUAAUUAAGGGCUGUGACAGCUUUAGAAUUGUGAGUCAAGGUAAGGUGAUGAAAAAUGUUGGAGAAAGUGGAGAGAAUAUUAAGUAGCACAUGGCAUCAAGGAGUAGAUGAUGAAAGAGACAGGAAAGAAGGGGGACAGGAGAAAAGACAGCGCUUGUUAGGAGUGAUGCUACAUUGUUUUCACCUCUGCAUGAUGUAUUCAUAUAUUUGUAAUGUCUUGCCACUGCAAUGUAUCGCUCACAAGUUUCACAAAAGAGGACAGUGCCUCUUGAAUCCAGGCCUAGGUGGCUGUCUUUGUGUUUAUCUAUGAAGGCCUGGGGGUCUCUUUUGCUCCCUGAAUGAGUGACUGAACAAAUCUAAAACCAGACAUCUAAUUCCCUAAGGAAAUCACCACAAUUAGCUGAAUGUUACUCUACUUUUUUGGAUGCAUCAACACAUUUCUUGACAAGCCUUUGCCCCAUUUAUGUAAUUCUGUGCACAUUUAGUGAAUCAAGGUCAAAAAGUAUGUGAUCUAAUCAAGGAAACAUUUGGCUUAAUCUUACGGUACACUUCAUGUUCUUUAAAUUUGUGGUCUUGAAUGCAACUUUCAAACACAAUUUAAUUUCCAAGUUUCGUAAUUCACUCACAGUACUUUAAGAUUCUAACACAUUGAAUGUUUUCUCUUUGCAGUUUUAAACAUGCAACCACCCAGUAAUGUGGUGUGAUAAAUAACAACCUGCAACCUCCAGCUCUUCCAACCUUCCUACAUUCCAUGCAUGAGUUGUAUUGUGUUUUUGUAACACAUCACGUCACACCUGAUCAUGUUUGUACUCCAAAAACCUUUGGACGAUUAUUCUCAACUGUUGUGUGUGACAUGAUGUUAAAUACAGACAUUUCUAAAACAACUGGUUCUCCCUAGCAUAAAAAAUAAUCCUUAGUGGAAAGUGCCUGUCAGGGUGUUUGUACCCAUGUAAACAAAUCAUCAAAUGUAUUAUCCUGAUGAAAAAUUCACACUGCGAGAUAUUUUGAACUAAUUAAGCAUCAGCGUCUCUGCAAAAUUCUCUGGUGGAUUUUUAAGAUUUAAGAGGUUUGACAGAACAUUUGAAAACACCGACACAGGACUUGAAACUUCUGUGCAGUGCCACCAAACUCAUGCUAAAUCAGGUCAAAAUCAUCUCGCUGUGCCUAAUAGUGUCUUUGAUGAUGCCUCUCGGUAUGCAGUGUUAUUAUUAAUAUUAUGCCUGGUGUCUGUUCAGCUCAUGUCAGAGCUUUUUGGGGCUUUUUGAUAGUGGUGUGGCAUUAUUAUGUUUUUAAUUAUUGAAAUUGGAAAUCUAAGCUUUUUAACUCUAUCUGCAAUGUUUGUCUUUUCUUACAUGACAAUUCUGUUUUAUUUUCACUGUAUGCAUUGGUAUCUGUUUAAUUUCAUGUUGUUUGUAUAAAUUCUGUGUGUCCUUGUCUUGUAUGGUGUUGUAUUGUUCUGAAUAUGUGUUGUGUACAAACCUCAAAUCUUUAUUAAAGUCCUACUUUUCAGAUGUAAAGAA